CAACCUCCCUCAGCAGCCCAAGCAGACAGCAACUUCUUUGAAUACCGACCAUCGAAUUAUUUUCAGGAGCCGGUAUUCAUUUGAUCCCCUUUCACCAUGCCGGCCACCACCGCCGACACCCUCUCCUUAGUGACUCGUACCGUCUCUGUUGCUCCCCUUGUUCUUCUUUCAGUCGCAGAUCAUUACGGACGGACAGCGAAGGGCACCCGAAGACGAGUAGUUGGUGUUUUGCUAGGGCAGAAUGAUGGCAAAAAUGUUCGGGUAUCAAACAGUUUUGCGGUGCCAUUUGAAGAAGACGACAAAGAUCCAUCUGUUUGGUUCUUAGAUCAUAAUUUCGUGGAGUCGAUGAAUGAUAUGUUUAAAAAGAUUAAUGCACGGGAAAAGCUUAUUGGAUGGUACCAUUCUGGCCCCAAGUUGAGGGCAUCUGACCUGGAGAUCAAUGAGCUGUUCAAACGAUACACGCCGAAUCCCUUACUAGUAAUCAUUGAUGUACAGCCAAAGGAAGUUGGCGUGCCCACUGACGCAUACUUUGCUGUGGAAGAAAUCAAAGAUGACGGAACAACCACAUCGAAAACCUUCGUUCAUACCCCAUCAAUAAUUGAGGCGGAAGAAGCGGAAGAAAUUGGUGUAGAGCACCUUCUUAGGGACAUCCGUGACGUUGCAGUUGGCACCCUCUCAACCCGGAUCACUUCUCAGCUUCAGUCAUUACAAGGAUUGCACUUAAGGUUACGCGACAUUGGCCAAUAUCUACAAAAGGUCCUGGAUCGUGAACUGCCUGUUAAUCAUGCUAUCCUAGGCAAUCUUCAGGAUAUAUUCAACCUCCUCCCCAACCUUGCAGCGGCCAAACAACGCUCGUCAGGGAACGCAUCAGAACAACCACAAAUUGAGAAUACAGAACUUGCGCGCGCCAUGAACAUGAAGACCAAUGACCAACUUAUGUCGAUAUAUAUCAGCAGUCUGAUCCGCGCGAUCACUGCUUUCCAUGAUUUGAUCGAGAACAAAAUCCAGAAUCGGCAGCAACAAGAGGAGCAAGAGGCGAAAUUAGAAGAAGGCAAGGAUGAGAAGGCGGUGACAAAUGGCAACACAGAGGAAAAGAAGAAGAAUAAUAGCGAGCCAAAAGAUGAGUCCGACAGCUCGAAGAAUAAAAAGAAGGGAUGAUAGGUAGUUCGUAUACCUGUUCAUACCCUUCUCUCCAUCUAUGAUAUUGAACCUUGCAGGUUAGCCUCUUUUUUUCCGUUGUAGACUAGAUAGGACGUCCGUGUUACGGCGAACGAUAUUGGGAGCUCGUAUCGGGGAUAUCAAAUGGUUUCAUUUAUUGGACAUAUCCACAAAAUUUUGUCCGCCAAUAAUGCAACCGGAGCGUAUUAGUCCACGAGCGGAUCAAAUAGUGCAGUCUAUCACCCCUACAACGGCGCUCGCCUCAGGCUUUCCAUUCAAAGUUAUGUUCUUUUCAACGCUCGGGACAUUGCCCAGCCACAGCUCUUGGAUAGAAAAUCAAUGUUUUCCGUAUUUGAUAACUCAAAACACCUCCCAGAGAUGUAUAGUUCGUACGCUACAGGUGAAUACUGUAAGUUAACCCUGGCCUGUCGACGUCACAGAAUACAAAUCACCGCCCCAUAAUCUCACAAAGGGUUAUAUCUGUGGCGUAGAAUUGGCCUUUUCGUAAGAAUUUCAUCCGGCAUACAGGGCUGCCAUUUCCGCUUCAUUCACAGCAAUUUGUUCGACUCCAUGCGCAAAUAGGUCCGGGCACUGGGAUGCCAGAGCACAAGCAAGCAAAUGCUUACAUAUCGCCGGGCUAGAUGAGCAUCGAUCUCCGCUCCCACCGCCCGUUAUUCCCCGUGCAAGUAAGCCGCCGAAUCGCCAGUCCUGCGUGAUAUGACCGUCCGCUUCCUUGAGAUCACUAGACUCCAGCUCUGGUGUAUCCUGACUCGGAGACGAGAAUGACGCCACUGCAAAAGCGGGACAAGUGCAAUUCCAUGAAUGGAGGUGGAUUUCGUAAUACCUUUCCGGUAGGUCGAUUCCUGAAUGCUGCUGGCUAGCACCUGGUGGGGAGCGGGGUGCCUGACUUGAGCUUCUAGUUGGUUGUUUCUCUAUUCUUGUCGACGAAGAGAGCACAAAGUACGUUCCGUGUGUGGUAUCUUGUGCAGUAGAGGCGUUUGUGCGAAGGUAUUUUCUGAUGAGUUUCCGGUCUAGGAGAUCCAAGGCUAAGAGGAAUUCAUUAGGGAAGAGGCAAUGAAGUGUCAAAAGGAUAGGCUUGACUUUUGCUAGUGUUUCGGGAGAUAGGGACGAGAGUGGGUUGUGAACUGAGUCCGAAUUAUGAGGAGCACGUAGGACACCAGGGCUAGGAGAUGUUGAUACUGGCUCCAGAACAAUGCUUGAAAGUUCACGGAUGACUGAUGUUAGGAAGACUGAUGGAGUAGGGAGGGUAUUAAACUGAUAUCCAGAUUCCAUGGUUCAAGGGUUUAUGGUAGCUAUGUCAACGACGACAAAGUGGCCGUCGGGGGUUCAUGUUGGAGAAAGAGGUUAGUGCUAGGUUUCAAGAUUGG